AUGGCCCCAGAUCACAGGCAGCCGAUCCCAGGAGUCCUGGGACCUGGACCUCGGAAGCAGGAUGCCAUGGAGCCCUCCCGGAAGACUCUGGUCCAGUUCAUCUUUCAAGCCAGGUCACCAUUGCUGUUGGACAGCCAGCUGCGGCUCCUGGCAGCUCUGACCACGGAUGAGGCUGGGGCUGAACAGACGAUGGCAGGCAUGUCAGGUCGUGAUAUCUUAGCCCAUGUCCCAAGCCCCCACAUUAACAGCCAACUAGCACCCCUCCUGUGUGGCCCAGAUCCAGAAUCCCUUCCCCUGGGCCAGCAGCUCCCAGAAGGUGCACCCAAAAGAGAAUUCCGAGGGUACAGAUGUAACCAGGUCCUGACGCCCAAGGGAGUGAGCCUAGGCAGAGGGCAAAGGAAAGAAAAUCUUGGAGGGGAUACACCAGGGACUCCGCUGAGAAACGUAACUUGCCAACAAUACACGACCCAGAAUCACUACAUAAUGAAACCUUUGUCCAAAGAAGAAGCCAAGUUCCCUCUGGCAUAUGUCAUGGUCAUUCACAAAGACCUUGAUACAUUUGAGAGGCUCUUCAGGGCAAUUUACAUGCCCCAAAAUGUCUACUGUGUCCACGUGGAUGCGAAAGCUGCCUCAGCUUUCAACGAUGCGGUGGGAAGGCUACUGAGCUGCUUCCCAAAUGCCUUUCUGGCUUCCAAGACGGAGUCUGUGGUCUAUGCAGGGAUUUCCAGGCUCCAGGCGGACCUCAACUGCAUCAAGGAUCUGGCGGUCAGCGUCCCGUGGAAAUACGCCAUCAACACCUGCGGGCAGGACUUCCCCCUGAAAACCAACAGGGAGAUGGUUCAGUAUCUGAAAGGACUUAAAGGGAAAAACAUCACCCCGGGGGUGCUGCCCCCUCCUCAUAUCAUCAGAAGGACCACAUACGUGCACGUGGAGCAGAGGUACCAUUUCUUUUCCUUCCUGCUGUGGACUUGGAUUAAAAAAACGCCCCCUCCGCACAAUCUCACCAUUUACUUUCGCUCCGCCUACGUGGCCCUUACAAGAGAAUUUGCCAACUUCGUUCUUCAAGACCCGAGGGCCACUGAUUUACUGGAGUGGUCGAAGGACACCUACUCUCCUGAUGAGCAUUUCUGGGUGACCCUUAACAGGAUUCCAGCUCUGUAUCCUGAGCUUCUGUCAGUCAAGAACUUGCCCUUUGUGGAAAAUUUGAGAAUGCAGAGUUAG